GUCAAGCAGGACACUGGUUACCAAAGAGACAGCGGCGUCGGCCGGUUCAACCACGUUGUUUGAAUCUGGACUGCACUUCGGUUCAUUUUCUUCGAUCGGGCUCUCUGGUACUUAGGGGCUUUCAUUCCAUGUUCCAGGAAAUUUUCCAUCAAUUAACAUGCCGGUGAAACCAAAAAAGAAAGGUCAAUCGAAUGAAAGAGCAAUUGCUGAAAUCUUAACUGUGAAUGUCAUCUUCCCUAAUGAAGAUAGAUAUGAAGGAGAAUGCAUAAGAAUUGAUGGUGUUGGACUGGAGAGAAAUGGAUUUGGCAUUCAUACUUCAUCCAAUGGAAUAAUAUACACAGGGCAAUGGAAAAAUGAUAAGAUGAAUGGCCAUGGAAAACUGGUGCAUCCUUCGGGUGCAACAUAUGAAGGAGAGUUUAAAGACAACACAUUUCAUGGUACAGGGAUAUACACAUGGCCGAAUAAUGUCAAAUAUAUUGGAAACUUCAAUAAAAACAAGCAAAGACUGAAGACUGCAGCACCAGUGGCGAGGACCAAGAAGAUUGGAAGGAGAAGGCAAAUUCAUCGAUGCACAGGGCUAUGAAUGGAUAGGGACAUUUCACUACAAAGCUGCACCGGGGCUGAAGUUGAAGCUGGAUGUGUAAUUGAUGUCUGAAACAUUGUUUUGCAGUCAAGUUUCUGAGACUUCUUAAAAUAUCACUGAAUGUUUUGGUAAAUUAAAAAUAUUACUGUCGAAACUUAGUCUUCUUUCAAAUACUCCACAACAUGCACAUUUAAUUUAUUUUGAGUUAUUUAAUGGGAUAGUUUUGUCUUAAUGAAACAAUAAAAUAACAUUCUGAUUAUUUGAUCAAGAUCCAACAGGAAGAACAACAGGCAGAAUGAUGCUGAAGUAAGGUGUUAUGUUAGCAGUGCUGUAUGCCUUGUAAGAUCAUUCAGUAUACUGUACUAUGACAGUCCAAGGACACACUGAGCACAGUCAUAAUUUUACUGAUUAAGUCUAGUGUGAAACAAAAUCUAAAUAAGAGGCAGUAGUGGUGUGAUCUCUUAAGUCAAGUAUGAUGUUCUUCUAAGGGAUUAAUCUGGGCUGUUAAGAUGGAUUCACUUAAUGGAGAAUGCCUGUGCAUGAUUUUGUUUAAUAUCGGGAGGCUGAUACACAGGCAGCCACCAACUUGUCCUAGACAGAUCAGGGUCAGUGUCCAGUGGCAUGGAUUGCAAGAUGAUCGAGGAGCCUUCACUGCUGCAGCCUUCUUCUGCCUUCACUACACUAUCAUCUUCCACCAGCUCAUGUUAUUGUAUGACUAAUUCAACUAGUUGAGCGAUCGUUAUCUGUCAUGCUCUCUGAUACAGUUACAGAAAUUAGACAAGGUUAGAUAUUCAACAAAAUACUGCAUCCUGUGUUUGAGUUGGUAAUGAUCCACCGAUGUUCAGUAACAGCAGUUUCAUCUCAUAAGCAUUGACGAUUCAAGCCUAGACUUAGAAAGGGAGUACUUUUUUGGAUGCAUUAUUGCACAGGACCGAAAGAAACUGCAGAAGGUUGUAAAUCUAGUCAGCUCCAUCUUGGGCACUAGCCUACAAAGUACCCAGGACAUCUUCAAAGAACGGUGUCUCAGAGAGGUAGUGUCCAUUAUUAAGGACCUCCAGCACCCAGGGCAUGCCCUUUUCUCACUGUUACCAUCAGGUAAGAGAUACAGAAGCCUGAAGACUCACACUCAGCAAUUCAGGAACAGCUUCUUCCCCUCUGCCAUCCGAUUCCUAAAUGGACUUUGCACUCUUGGACACUACCUAACUUUUUUAAUAUACAGUAUUUCUGAUUUUUACAUGUUUUAAAUCUAUUCAAUAUAGGUAUUCUGCAAUUGAUUUAUUUUUUCUCUCUCUGCUAUAUUAUGUAUUGCAUUGAACUACUGUUGCUAAGUUAACAAAUUUCACAUCACAUGUCGGUGAUAAUAAACCUGAUUCUG